UGCUGCUGCUGCUGCUGCUGCAGCGGGGCUCGAGCGAUAGCGAGAUAGCAGGUUUAGCAGGUUUCUGCCCGGUCCGGUAGAGAUAGGCUGGGCGGUUCAGGGUUCUGCUGCGCAGCGUACUAGUGCUCUGUUUGUCCGUGGUGGUUGUGCGUGGACUGGGGUGGAGAGCACACAAGACAACACACAGAGCACCAGAAGCAGGCCGGACACGUCUGCUGCCCCGACCGCCGUGUUGUAUGCUUCCCCCGGCCGCCACAGCAUGAUCUCGCAUUCCGGCGCUGUACUGACAGCAGGAAACAGCAGUGGGUCGUCCAGCUCGCCGAAGUCGACUGCGGCCGCCAACAACAGCACGAACGCCGCCGCCAAGCCGCUGACACCGGCUGCGGCCCUGCUGGACGCCGCAGCGGCAGACAACCCGCCGUCCUACAAGUCCAGCACAGACGGCACGGUGCCGUCGUCGUCGCCGCCGUCCGCCCUCACAAACAGCUCCAGGCGCUUCUCCUUCAACAAACGGCCCAUCUUCAAAAACGGAAAGCUGCAGCGCAAGUCGUCGCAGAUCUCCAUCAUCCACAACUACCCACCGCAGCGCUGCGACUCCGUCAACCACGACACAGACCACUCCAAGUUCUACCUCAAGUACAAGGGCAUCAUGAAGGACAAGGACGAGCUCCCCGACAACGCCAUCAACGACUUGAGCUUCGAGUACAACUACGACGACAAGAUCAGGGCCCCGCGCAUGUCUGCCGCCUCCCUCAUCUCCUCCAGAGACACCAACCACACCCUCCCGACCCAUGUGCAGCAGCAGCAGCAGCAACGACAUCUCACCAACAAAAUGGCUCGCCAGACUUCUGCUCCCGCCCUCCUCAAGCGCUCCUCAAACACCUCGUCCAACCACACCCUCGACAGCUUGGCCGAGGAAACUAGCAACGCCAAAGAGGCGCUCCCCUCGUACAAACCCGCCGCGUACGACCUCACAAAGCAGCUCCGAAGGUUCUCCAUUUCCAACGAUGACCUGAAGUCAAACGAGCCUUCAACGGCAGCCACAGCAACAACAACAGCAACGGCAAGCGGGAACAUUUUCAACGACAGCACGGGAAACUACACCUACAAAAUACAGCCCAGAAAAAAGUCCGUAGUCUCGAACUCCUCCUCCAACAUCUCCCCAACGAAGGAGAAAACCAUCAAACUCGAUGACGACCUAAAACCCGUCAAACAGAUCGACGAACCCAUGAAACUGUUAGACAACUACGUUCCUCCAGUCUUGAGGCCAACCCAAAACUCAAGCAUGCACCUCCCCAGAGUGGCUUCACGGAGCGACACAAAAAAUUCAAGCAUAGCAGAUUCCCAGUCUUCAACAGCAUCAAAUGCUUCGUCUGCAGCAGCAAAGAAACUCAAAGAUUCUUCCAUCUCUACGACCCCGCCAUCUGCAGGUGGUUCAACAACGGCAGCCGCCGCCCUGCUCCUUUCCAAAAAUAACGGAGCCGCCUCUCAGAAAGGCACCUCUCUCGGCAAGAUCCACAACCAGCUCUUGAGCCAACUAAUACCUUCCACUUCCAACGUGAGCAUAACAACCUCCAACUCCAACCUCGAGACUUCGUUGCAUUCGCUCUCAUCAGAUCCAACACCUCCAACAUCCUCUAACUCAUCUUCGGAACCAAACGUUGUUGUGAAAAAUAACAGUAAAAGCAUUGAACCGUCUCAUUCUCACUGGAGACCAAACUCGUCAACAAAUUCUUGUGAAAACUGUCUUGACAAUUUCAACGUCAUCAAAAGAAAGCAUCAUUGCAGGCAUUGCGGCAAAAUUUUUUGCUCCAAGUGCCUACAGCAUUACUCAAACUUGAAUUUGCUUGCCCAUUUUGAAAGACCAGAUGACUGUCCAAUACCUUCUAUUCACAAUCAUCUCAUCAGCUCGUUGGCACCCAUAAAAUCAACAGAGACAACAGGAACUUGCACCACAGUCAACUCAAACAACACUAUCAACUCUUCUACCACUAAUAAUACCCAUAACACCAGCCAAAGUAACUUCAAAAAUUCCGGCUACUCGAAAUUUUGUAAGGUUUGCCCUUCAUGCUAUACCCAGUGGCUCAAAUUCUUAGCUUCUGAUGAAGACUAUGAAGGUAAAAAUUCUCAUAUUAACGAGAUGACAAAUAGUAACUUAGACUCGCAAGAAGCAAGAAAGGAAAGCAUAACGGGUGUUCCAACAGACUGGAAUUGGAGUUCCUUCUGAAAAAGAAAAAUGGGGAGAACGUUUUUGAAUUUAUAUAUUUUACAUCAGAGCCUUUCUUUAAGUUUAGCA